CGCUGAGUCAAGAUGGAGGAGCGCAGCGGCCGCGCGAGAACAAUGUUUAGACGCUGAAGACCGAAAGAAGCGACCGAGCUGGGAGGCAGAAACAGGCACGGCCAGAGCGAGCGGCGGUCAUGAGUUGGAUGAGAGCGGUGGCCCUCUUUUAAAGACCCUGUCAUAUCAGCGUUACUCCGCUCUGUCCAAGUGCCUCCAACAUGAGCCUCAUCCAGGACAAGCUGGGAAGCGAGUUCCUGCGGCCGGGCGGGGGCAUGGAGGCCGGCUUCGGUUCGAGCAUGCUGAUGUUCAGCCACCUGCCGCCUGUCACCAGCUUCACCCGCCUGACCGGACAGAGCGUCAUGGCCGAGCUGCAGCCGCACGAGCUCGUCCUGAAAAAGGAGCGCCACUCUCCUGACUGCAAUGUCUCGGAUGGAGGAGGAGUAGGACUGAUGUCCGGCACGGGGAUGAUGUCAAUGACGGGCGACUACUUGCCUGCGUUGGGCAUUAAACAGGAGAAAGUGUCAGAGCUGGACUACAGGCAGCCCGUAUAUCCAAGUGACGUGGGCCGUGGUGGCACCGAGAUGCUGGAGAUGACCCUCAGCAAUCACCAGAACCUGCUGGUACACGACCUCAGCAUAGGGAACCUGUCGGGGAGGCUGGGAAAGGACUCCUCGGGGAGGAAAGGUCGAAGGUCAAACGGUGACGGACAGGAGGGCAAGACGCGACGGAAACGAGGAGAAUCCAAGUCUAUGCUGGAUCCUGAUGGAGGGACGGUGUCUCCCAGCUCCAAACCGCACAUCUGCGAGCACUGCAGCGCCGCCUUUCGUAGCUCCUACCAUCUCCGCAGACACGUUCUCAUACACACAGGUGAAAGACCGUUCCGGUGUAAUCAGUGUAAUAUGAGCUUCAUUCAGAAAUACCUCCUGCAGAGACACGAGAAAAUACACAGCGGAGAAAAGCCUUUCAGUUGUGACCAGUGCAACAUGCGGUUCAUUCAGAAAUACCACAUGGAGAGACACAAACGAACACACAGUGGAGAAAAGCCAUACAAGUGUGACACCUGCCAACAGUAUUUUUCCAGGACAGACCGGUUGUUGAAGCACAAGAGAACGUGUGGAGACGGCAUAAAGAAGGAUUUCGAUGCGUUAGAGAUCGAGCUGGGCAGGGACGCCCAUGGCGGGCACGGCAGCUACGCAAUUACUCAGGGAAACGUGACCACACCAGGCCGCAAACGAGGCAAGUCCAAAGCCGGUGGCGAGGGUGGCAAACGCAAGAGGACGUCAGGGCCCUCGCACAGUCAAGGUACAGAGGAGUACAGCCUGCACGAUUUUAACACUGUGGACAACCAUGGACUCGAGAUAUCAUCAUCUUCAACAUCAGCAUCCCAUCCAGGGUCCAGCAUGCACGGAGAACCUGUGGCGGCACCCAAAAUGGCCUUUAAAAAGGGCCACAAGAAAGGUUCGGAGAAAAACGGUCAGUCCAAGCCUGGAAACAUGGAGCUGCCUGGCGAGGCUGUCAUGGAUGACAUGGACCUUCUACAGAGUCACAAAGCAGGCCAUAGUAGCAGCAACAACAGCGCGAACUAUGACGAUGCCAUGCAGUUCCUGAAAAAGCGACGCUACCUGCAUGCGACCAGCAACGCCGGGGUAGGGGGUGGAGUUUCUGGUUAUGACUUGGGCGUCAGCCACUUGCAGCACCAGCCGGUAGUUGUUCAGGGCAUUGUUUCUGGAGUAAUGGAUGGAGACUCUGCAUUGGGACUCCUUGACUCAUCACCUCUGGCUGACAUAAAACCAGACAAGUCAGGAAUCCCAGAUGAAGUGCUACAAAGCCUCCUGGAGCACUAUGGCCACAAGCCCGAUGUGACCUUUGACUUAUCUGACCCACAUCCUGUGGAACUGGAGCAAGGCACGGCCGACGGUGUUGACCCCCUGGGUGCCGAGGGAAACCCUGGGGGUGGAGACAAGACGUCCUUGAUGCACGAGUACUCUCGUUUCCUCCUACAGGCUCUCGAGAGGACAAGUCACAGUGGUGGCUUUGUCCUCGGACCGACUUCCUCGUCUGCCUCCACUUCCUCAUCCAGUGCCAUAGCAUCUUUCCCCACGUACAGCACCUCCCCUUUAGAGUUCUCCUUCGGCCUCCCGGUCUCCUCCUCCCCCACUCCGACGCUUAAUUCCUCCGUGCCAAAACCUCACUUUGGCUUGUUAGGGAGCUCGUCGCCAUCACAGGGCUUUCAUCUGAGCAUUCUGGAGGCCACGGGACACUCCCAGCAACCUCAACAGCAGCAGCAGCAGCUCACCCCAUCCCAGGAGCUGACAGAGCAGCUGGAGAAACACCACACCAACUCUUCUCCUGCUUCUUCAAACACGCCCAACUCAAGCGCCUACCAGAUCCCAGCUUCAACCACUGACCUCGGCGGCCAAAAAGACGGCCAAGGCCCUAAAAAUGGCACGGCUGGCUUCUCAAUGGUGUCCUCUAAAGGCUCGUAUCAGAUCGAGAACUUUGCUCAGGCGUUUGGGGGGCAGUUCAAAGGUGGCCGUAGGCCUUUGGUGUUCGGUACAGACUCGGGCGCAGACGUGGAGCAAUUCUCAGGGUACAGCAGCCUCCUGGCCAGCGUGAGCGACACCAAAAGCCCACAAAGCCAAAGCUACAACUGAUUCGGUUGCUGAGCUUCUGCUUUUUCAUUUUGUCUUUUGUAUCGUUCUUGUUGUUAUUGUUAUUAUUAUUAUUAUUAUUAUAAUUAUUGUUUAGUUUUAUUUUAUUAUUUUUGUAAUGCAAUUUUUUGUUUGUUUUUCGUAAUUAUCAUUGCCAUUCAUGAAAAUAGGAAAUUUCACCCCACUUGGCCCACGGAGCCAAAAUGAAAUGCAAAAUUUUUAAGUAUUUUUGAUUAAUUUCCUUUUUGCGAGGAAAGACGUGUUUUCGUAAUAAUUUUUUCCUCUUUCUUAGUGUCGUAGAGACUGCGCGGUUCAAAGAUAGAAUACGAAGCAAAUCACGAAGCAAAAAUAGAGUAGUGGAGUAAUUUCUAAAGUCCCCCCCCCCCCCUUUUUUUCCCUCUCUACCAAAUGAUGCUCACGUUUUAGCAGUGUAACAUAUAGAUAGGUUUGAGGUAGAAAUGGCAGGGAGUAGCCCGGAAAAGGUGAAGGAGGCAGGGAAGAGGGAGGGGGGGGGGUCGGGGGAGGGACUAAAAAAAAAACAUUGUCUGUUACAAGAUUUAAAGUAUUACUCAGGUAAAAUGAUGUGUAAAGGUGUACAGGAAAAUUUUAUCAAUGGGGCAGCAAUAAUGCAUCGAAGAGGUGGACAUUUUUGCAAAUGCAAAAAAGCUUUUCUUUUUUUUUUUUUUUUAUGCGACACAAAGAGACGAAACUGCUGCCUGCUCUGUUUCACUGACAACACUUUCCACUUAGCUGUAUAGAGAUUAUGGUACUUUUAUGUCAGUGUGAAAUGCUCACAUUCUCUUUCAAUAAGGGCCAUAUAUAUAUAUAUAUAUAUUUAUAAAAAAUAUCUAUAUGUACAAUACCAUAUGUAUCCUUUCUGGGGAAUGCUGGGUGACAUUGGUGGUACACAGUAGCGGGAGAGGGGGCAUUCUCUUUUCUCUAUUUCCCCCCCCCUUGGAGAGUAACGCCAAGGGUUGCUCACAAGAGGGCGCCGUGUGUUCAUGCACGAGCGUCUCUCGGCGCACACACCAGCUCAUAGGAAUAUGCUGUGCCUCUGUCUCCUAAUCUCCUCUGUCUUUUCCCCUCUUUUUGUCAUCUUAAAAAAAGAGUCCAGUCAAGCACUUUGAACAUGUCCAUGUUCCUUUUUCAUUUCACCCAGUCUGGUCAAGCUGCGUGUCUAUUCUUGUAAGGGGGAAAAAAAAAGGAAUGUUUGGUUAAAAACAAAAAAUAUUAAUUCAAUGUUCGAAAGACAGACAAGGGGGGUAAAAUGCAGUGUGGGUUGGAGUAUGGUUUAGAUUGGUAAGGGUCUUGGGGUUAUAUGCAUAUGACGAGGUCUUAAAUUUCUAGCAUGGUGUAGUUGGUAAAAUGAAGGGUGGGUUUCUUUCACGUGCGUGUGUACGGGAAGCUUUAUUAUUAUAAUUUUUUUUAUUCUGUAUGACUUCUGGAUGUAUGUCGGACAGGCCUAGAGUGAGACGGCGUUUAUAUUUCUUUGUUAGUAUUGAACCUGGGGAAACUGUGUCAAGUCAAAAUGUCCCCUCUUAAAGAUGCUGUGAUUUUUUUUUUUUUUUUUUUUUU